CAGAUUCAUCCUUUCCGGGUUACAUCAGCGGUCUCCAGUCAUCGUGACCGUUUCUGCUAGCUAGCUAGUAGUAACCUGACUGCAAAAAGUCGUUUAAUGUGGGACAGCUUUUCACUUGUUAUGGCUCAGCAGACCGUCGUGGAGAAAAUGAGCGAACUGAAUGUGGACGAAGGUUUAAAGGGAGGAGCAUCAGAUGGAGGAAAAAAGAAAACCAAAAAUGAUGCUGGAGAUUCUGGAGGACGAGUUGAGCUUUCGCCCGCACCCGAGUACAUAGACGAGCGUCUCACUUUGUACUCCAAGCUGAAAGCUGAGCAUGAUGCCCUCUUGGCAGAAAGAGCUUCCAAGGAGAGUCGAGCAAUCAAAGUCACUUUACCUGAUGGCAAGGUGGUGGAGGGGGAGUCUUGGAAGACCACACCCUAUCAAGUGGCUUGUGGAAUCAGUCAAGGCCUCGCCGACAACACAGUGAUUGCCAAGGUAAACAACAAUGUGUGGGAUCUGGACAGACCUUUGGAGGACAACUGCAGCCUGGAAUUGCUCAAGUUUGAUGAUGAUGAAGCUCAAGCUGUUUACUGGCACUCAAGUGCCCACAUCUUGGGUGAAGCCAUGGAGAGGGUAUAUGGGGGUUGUCUCUGCUACGGUCCGCCCAUCGAGAGCGGCUUUUACUACGACAUGUUCCUUGACAACAAUGAGGGGGUAUCAAGCAAUGACUUCCCCUGCCUGGAGACCUUGUGCAAGAAAAUCAUUAAGGAGAAGCAGCCAUUUGAGAGGUUGGAGAUCAAAAAGGAAACUCUAUUGGAGAUGUUCAAGUACAAUAAGUUCAAGUGCCGCAUCCUGAACGAGAAGGUCACCACUCCCACCACUACAGUUUACAGGUGUGGUCCUUUAAUUGAUUUGUGUCGGGGUCCACACGUGAGACACACAGGAAAAAUCAAGGCACUGAAGAUCCACAAGAACUCUUCCACAUACUGGGAGGGAAAGGCAGACAUGGAGACCCUCCAGAGGAUUUACGGCAUCUCCUUCCCGGACCCCAAAAUGCUGAAAGAGUGGGAGAAGUUUCAGGAAGAGGCCAAGAACAGAGAUCAUCGCAAACUGGGCCGGGAGCAGGACCUGUUCUUCUUCCAUGACCUGAGCCCAGGGAGCUGCUUCUUUCUGCCAAAAGGCGCCUUCAUCUACAACACCCUGAUUGAGUUCAUCAGAAGUGAGUACAGGAAAAGAGGCUUCCAGGAGGUGGUAACACCCAACAUUUACAACAGUAAGCUGUGGCAGACCUCUGGUCACUGGCAGCACUAUAGCGAGAACAUGUUCUCCUUUGAGGUGGAGAAAGAGACCUUCGCCCUCAAACCCAUGAACUGUCCUGGCCACUGUCUGAUGUUUGAUCACCGGCCACGUUCCUGGAGAGAGCUGCCCCUUCGCAUGGCCGACUUUGGUGUCCUGCACAGGAACGAGCUGUCAGGAGCCCUCACUGGGCUCACCCGCGUCCGCCGUUUCCAGCAGGAUGACGCUCAUAUCUUCUGCUCUAUGGAGCAGAUCGAGGAUGAGAUCAAGGGUUGCCUCGAUUUUCUGCGCACUGUGUACGGCGUAUUCGGCUUCACUUUCAAGCUAAACCUUUCCACGAGACCAGAGAAAUUCCUCGGAGAGCCCGCCGUCUGGGAGCAAGCAGAAAAGCAACUGGAGAACAGCUUGAAUGACUUUGGAGAGAAAUGGGUUCUCAACCCAGGUGAUGGAGCUUUCUACGGACCAAAGAUUGACAUCCAGAUCAAGGACGCUAUUGGCCGAUACCAUCAGUGUGCCACUAUCCAAUUGGAUUUCCAGCUACCGAUUCGCUUCAGUCUCUCCUUUGUCAGCCAUGAUGGAGAUGACAAGAAGAGACCAGUGAUUAUCCACAGAGCCAUUCUGGGAUCAGUCGAGCGAAUGAUCGCCAUCCUCACUGAAAAUUAUGGAGGAAAAUGGCCACUGUGGCUGUCUCCUCGCCAAGUGAUGGUUGUACCUGUGGGACCAACCUGUGAGGAGUACGCUCAGAAGGUUCAUCAGGAAUUCCACAACAGCGGCUUCAUGAGCGACGUGGACCUCGAUGCAGGAUGCACUUUAAACAAGAAGAUCCGAAACGCCCAGCUGGCUCAGUACAACUUCAUCCUGGUGGUGGGAGAGAAGGAGAAGACCGGUAACACUGUGAACGUGCGCACUCGGGAUAACAAAGUCCACGGUGAGCGUGGCGUGGAGGAGUGCAUCCAGCGUCUGAAGGAGCUCAAAUCGUCCAGGAAUCGGAACGCAGAGGAAGAUUUCUAAGCUUUUCCUCCAAAUAACGAACAGCUUUCUGUCCUAUCAGCAGAACCUUGACUCUGUAAACUGUAAAAGGGCUCUGUUUUUUGUUUUUUUUUAAUUAGAAAGAAGCCACAAUGGUAAAUGUUGUUCAUUUGUCCUGACUGCUUCUCUUGUGCAAGGGACAUUGUUGACAUUGACAUCAUGAAAUUAUAUACAAUCAUGUGUGUAAUCUAUUGGUAACUUCUAACAAAAGCUUUUGCAUUUGUAAUGAUCUUCUCUUCAUGCUGUCUGCUGCUUUCAGGGAAUUGCACUAGAGUUGGAAUUUUUGGAAAUUAAACAAGUAAAUUCUU